AUGCUUCCUCGCACGGCACUCCGCAGCUCCAGGGGGGUAGCAUCCCUCUUUGCGGCUCGUCCCGCCUUUGCGGCGCGGGCUACCGCUCGUCCCGUCACGCUAUCGGCUGCUAUGGUCCCCCGGCCAUCACUGACUCUUGCUCUGCGCGCGUACUCUGCCGCAGCCAAGCUCAAGGAGGAGGAGGACUUCUUCUCCAUGGCUGAGGACGCGCCCGCCCAGCCCGCGGCAGCUCGCAAGUCGGAUUCUUUGAUUCCCGACGAUGUUGUGUCCAAGGACGGGUUCUUCGCCGACGAGCUCACGCACUCUGAGAAGCCGGAGAAGGCGCAGAAGGCGCAGAAGUCGCAAAAGUCGCCUGACGCACCCGACGACGACAAGGCCGCUACCGCGCUAGUCCCUUUCCACUCGCUCAAGGGGCGGAUGAACGCCGACCUGCUCAAGGCGCUCACGUUCAAGCCGUUCAACCUCAUCGCCAUGAGCGAGGUGCAGAAGCGCGUGCUGUCACGCAUGCCCGAGCUCGCUGGAGGCAUGACGCAAAAGUCGGUGCGCGAGAACGAGACUCCCGAGCAGUUGGCGGCGCGCGAGGAGCGCGAGAGCCGGGGCCGCGAGGACCUCCUCGUCAAGGCCAAGACGGGGACAGGCAAGACCAUCGCGUUCCUCGUUCCCGGCAUGGAGGCGCGCGUGCACCAGAUCGACAACAUUGUUGUUCAGCCCAAGAGCGACGGCAGCAUUCCCUCCCUGGCCGAGCAGGGCCAGCUUCGUCGCGAGGCGACCCGCUCGCACGUCGGCACGCUCGUCAUCUCGCCGACGCGUGAGCUCGCGACCCAGAUCGCCAACGAGGCACUCAAGCUCCUUACCUGGCAGAAGGAGAACCAGGUGCAACUGCUUGUUGGUGGUGAGAGCCGCUCCGGACAGCUCCGUAACUGGUCGUCGAUCCGUUACGGACGCAAGGACGUUGUCGUGGCCACUCCUGGCCGUCUGGUCGACAUGCUCUCCGAGCCCGCGGUCGCCAAGGCCAUCGCCAACACCGACACUCUCGUCCUCGACGAGGCCGACACACUCCUCGACAUGGGCUUCUCCGAGGAUCUGAAGCGCAUUCUGCAGCACCUGCCCAAGAAGCGCCAGACCUUCCUCUUCUCGGCGACUGUGUCGCAGCGCAUCAGGGGUGUCGCGCGCGAGUUCCUCGACAAGAACCACUCGUUCAUUGACUGUGUGCCUGCCAACGAGUCCAACGUCCACAAGCACAUUCCCCAGUUCCUCACCGUCCUCCCCUCGCCCAAGGAGCAGCUCAGCCACAUUGUCCGCCUGAUCGCCCACGACCAGCUCACGAACGAGGGCGCCUCCAAGAUCAUCAUCUUCCUCCCCACCACCAAGCAGACUAUGCUCACGGCCACACUCCUGCGUGAGAUGUCGUCGUCGCUCCCCCACCGCCUGGCCGUGCACGAGAUCCACUCGCGCCUGAGCCAGAACCAGCGCACGCGUGCAUCGGAGCGCUUCCGCUCGGACAAGUCGGACUCGAUCCUUGUCACCUCGGACGUGUCGGCCCGCGGGGUCGACUACCCCGGCGUCACGCGUGUCAUCCAGAUCGGUGUCCCCUCGUCCGCUGAGCAGUACGUGCACCGUGUCGGCCGUACCGGCCGUGGUGGUGUGACUGGUGGUCGUGGCGACAUUGUGCUCCAGCCCUUCGAGGCCGGCUUCGCAGACGCCCUCAGGAGCUUCCCCAUCACCAACGUCGCCGUGGACCCGUUCAAGGCCGAGGUCGAGGGGCUCGCCAAGGGCUCACCAGCCGAGGCGCGCCUCAACGGCAUCGACGCCAAGGUCGAGCAGCUCCUGCCUCUCCUUGACCCCGCCGCCAUCGAGGACGUCUUCAUGUCGCUCCUCGGCUACUACCUCGGCAAGUCGGACGUCAUGUCCCAGUCUCCAGAGGAGAUCUACGAGGGUAUCAAGGUGUGGACGAUGGAGGCCGGUGGUCUCCCGCAGCCCCCACACGUCAGCCCGAACAUGCUCUCGCGUCUCGGCCUCUCGCCGAAGCGCAACUCUCGCUUCGGCGGUGGUGGUCGCGGUGGCGGCGCGCCCCGCAAGACGUUUGGUGUGAACCGCUCCGCGGAUGGCGACGACAGGCCGCCUCGCCGUUUCGGUGGCGACGACCGCCCUCCUCGUCGUAACUUCGACCGGAGCGACCGUGGCGGCUCUGGCGACCGCCCGUCCCGUAACUUUGGCGACCGGAAUGACCGGAGCGAGCGCCGUGGCUUUGGAGGGGACCGCGGGCGUGGUGGCUUUAACCCUGACCGCGGCUUCAACCGCCACCGAGGUGACCGUGGUGACCGUGAGGGCCGGACGGACCGCCCCCACCGCUCCUUCAACCGCGACCGCGACCUGUAG